AAAAUUUACACCAAACUUAAAUAAUGGCGGGUUGGGAAAUUCCAAACGUUUAGUCAUGUUUUUGUUGACUAUUGUUACAGAAUUCAUAAAUAUGAAAACUUAAAGAUCAAAAGUCAGUGUUCUUUGCCUGUAUGAAUGAUGAUGCAAUCCCACAUAAAGGUCGUGUGAUCCAGAUAGUGAAACAGAUAAAAUGGGAGAAGAUGAAUUCAGGGUCCGCUGUAUCAUAUCAGACGAUGAUGAUGGACAAGAAAAAGCUUCAGAAGCCAUGAAACAAGCUCACAAGAGCCUAAUUGAAGAAGGAUUCAAAGUUGAGUGGAUGAAAGAUUCAGACUGCCUGAAGGUCAUUAAAAAAGAGAAGAACUGUGCUUAUCUUUAUGAUCCAUUUGGUGGCAAAUCUUUCAACCAUAUCAGAAAUCUAGGAUGCAGGAUAUUUGGACCCCUCUGCAUUUUGUCCUCACUAGAGUAUAAGCUUGACAUCCCGAAGAGGAGUGUUCCUGUGUACAAUCUGGCCAUGAAGGACAUUGUAGUGUGCUGUACCAACCUUGUAAAACAGAAAAGGAAUGAGCUUCAUGAGAAGGUAGAGGCAAUGGGAGGCCUAGCCAGCAGGGACCUAACACACAAUGUCACUCACCUCAUUGCGGGGGAAGUGGGGAGCAAAAAGUACCAGGUUGCUACUUCUAUGGGGAAACAGAUUUAUCUCCCUUGUUGGGUUGAUAAAGUUUGGGAAGCCUCACAGACCAAACACAUCCAUGGCAGUAGUGGGGAAUUCCUAGAGUACUCCUGUCCUGUCUUCAAGGGUUUGGUCAUCACUGUGUCUGGUCUGGACUCGGAGGAAAGAAAUCAGGUCAAAAAAGCUGUGGAGGCCGAGGGUGGAAAAUAUACUGGAGAGAUGAAAGUCAAUGAAUGUACACACCUCAUCAUUAACAAACCCAAAGGUGCUAAGUAUGAGUUUGCCAAGAAGUGGAAGAUUCACAUAGUGAAGUCGGACUGGUUGUAUGACUCUAUUGAGCGGGGAUACUGUCUGGAGGAGAAGGAUUUCUGUCUGACCUGUGACAGGGGGGAGGAAAGUGAAGGUGUCAAAACAUCCACCCCCGAGAAAGAAAACGGAAGUAGAGUUGACAGGAUGUCGACAUUAGCGGAUAUCAGUUGUAUAUCAAAUGUAUCCACGAUACAGACAACACAUCUCAACGAGACCUCAGCCACCACUCAGAACAGGAAGUCAACGGAUGAGUUCGAGACGACAGUGGAGUCCAUAGAUCUCACAAAGUCAACAUCAGAUCUCUUCCUGGAUGGCUGUAAGAUUUAUUUAAGUGGAUUUAGAGGAGUUGCCUUAGAGAAACUUAGAAAAGUUAUAAAUGCUGGUGGAGCAACAAGGUUGAACACCUUGAGUGAUAACGUCACUCAUGUUGUGGUCGGUGAGAGAAUUGACAAAGAUCUGGACACACUGAAAACUGCAACCUUCAGGCCCCAUGUUGUGACACCAGUAUGGAUGGCAGAAUGUUUCAGACAGGGUUACACUGUAAAUGAAGAUCCAUACAGACUCCCAGAGUUCCCUCCCUUAGACCCCCAGUCGCCUCAUCUUAAAGGGAAGAAGAAGUUAUCUGAGAUGAACAAUAAAGAUGUAAAAGAGGUCAAGCCUGUAGAGAAUGCAGGGGCCCCAGAAGAGGAUGAUGAAUUCUCAGACAUCAUGAGCCAGUACCUCUUACAGGCAGAUCAAGGUCCUGCUCCUUCAGGGGAGAGAACUGUGAUAGACAAGGCGGAAGUCCCUCAAGUAGAAGAGGACAUGACACAGAACCCUGAGGCGGAAGAUGAAGAAAUGCAGGAGGAAGGACCUGUGUUUAACAAGAAAGUUUUCAUGUUCUUUGGAUUUGAAGAGGAGUACGAAAAAGACCUAGGAGAACACAUCAUAGAGAAGGGAGGAAUCAUAUCCAAGCCAACUAGUCGUGUAAUACCGGAUUAUGGAGUGGUGCCGAUCGAUGGAUUUCCUGUGGAUAGGACGGUGAACGAAAUUGUAACAAAUGCCUGGGUGCAAAUAUGUUGGGAACAGGACCAGUUGCUGCCUGUGUCCAGCAAUGUGUUGUUUUCUCCAAUGGACAUAAAGAUGGACGACGCCCCUCUCUCUGGCUGUGUCCUCUCUGUCAGUGGUUUUGCUGGGACAGAGAGAGACUGUCUAAUGCAUAUCUCAGAACUUCUUGGUGCUGAAUUUCAAGAAUAUUUUGUUCGUAAGGCCAACAAAGAUUUGAAAGCCAGUACUCACCUGAUCGUCAAGGAAGCCGAAGGUUCCAAAUAUCAGGCAGCCAAAAAAUGGAACAUUCCAGCCAUCUCCAAGAGGUGGCUUUUCAAAUGUGCCAAAUCUGGAAAAAGAGAACCAGAGGAGAAUUUCUUGAUAGAAAACGAGCCAUCAGAAUCUCAGGACAUCACCGCCAGUGUUCACUUGUCUACUGCUAACGCUCAAGGCAGCAAUGCAAACAAUAAUCAGCAGCAGAAUGAAACAGCUCAAACAAACAAGGCAGACAGCAUUCAUCAAAACCAGUCAAGUUUUAUGAACCAAAGCACAGCAUGUGAUAUUGCAGAGAAACCACAGGAAAUGGAAUGUGAUACGUCGGUGAAUGCUCCUCCACAUCAGGGGCAGGUCACUCUAAAUACCGGUACUGACAAUGAUGUGGAGAUGAACGCAGAGGAAGAAAAAUCUGAGGUGUGGGAAUCUGGUAUGAGGACAAACCAGGAUGAUCUGUUAAUGGUAGAGAUGGAGGUUCAGGAAGGUAGCAGGAGAGGGUCAGUGAGGGGUGAGGAAAGGAGGGGAUCUCUGAGGGGUGGGAGAGAGGUGGAGCUACCGGAGAGUCAGAAAGAAAACAUGACUGCCAUGAAGACACCAAAACUGACCAAUCAGAGGGUCAAGGAAUUGAGAACAGCAGAGAGGGAAAAGCCCCGAAACUCGCCACGAAAUGAAAGCCUGAAUGAGUCUACAGGACCCAUUGAUCUGGAAAAGUCCUUCCAUCCACGCUUUGAUUUCUCUGAUGUGUUGAAGGAUUUGGAAACGCCGGAGGCACAGAAAGGGAAACGGCGUAAACUCGGAAGGCGAAAAUCCAGUGUGCCCUUUGAUGAAAUGUUCGAGAAGGCGCUUCAUGCUAUGGCUAAAUAUACUGAGGAAUACAAGGCCCCAGAGACCAUGGACGAAGUAGACGGGGCCUCUAGCAGUACAAGCGAGUACAUGAAGCGCCCCCUGAAGGGAGUUACGAUCUACGUCAGUAAGAAGCUAAGCGGCCAGCAGACUGAGCUUAACGACAUUGUGGCAGAGCUAGGUGGUGACUAUAAAUGGCAGUACGACGCCACAUGUACUCACUUUAUAUUCCAGGGAAAGACAAAUGACACAACCAAGGAAUUCAGAGUGGCCAGAGAGCAGAAGAAAAUGAUCGUGUCCCCGCUCUGGCUUCAGAUGUGUAAAGAGCAGAAUGCCAGAGUCGAUGAAUCACUGUUUCCACACAACUACAACCCAAAUCUUACAUUGGCCAUGGUGAAGAAAGCCACCCCGGGACGAGGAUCCCCGGUCAAAUCUAACAGGGGUACUCCUCUGAGGGCUACACGAAGAUCCACCCGGGCAAGUAAACAGUCGGAGAGCUCCGAUAUUGACGACGUGCCAAAACCCAGCAGUCCUACGACAGUGACUAAAGUUACCGAGUCUAGACAAAACAAAAGGAGCGGGGCCAUGUCUUCGGAGCCUGACAAUAAACGACAGAGAAUAUCAACAGACGGUGAAUCUGCUCCUACAGAGAAGAAAGGCACUGAAGAGGAGGAGCCUGAGAUGGUGGAGAUGGCAGGUACCCUGGAUUACAGAGAAGAACUGGCCAAACAACUAAAGGAGGACAUGGCUGCCAACAAAAAAAGAAGAAAAAGUAGGAAACUGAAUUCCAGUGGUCAGAUGAACAUGUCAGGGGAAGGCUCAAGUAAUGACAGUGGAAUGCAGAGCCGCCAAGGGUCAAGGGCAAAUCGCUGGAGCAUGAAUGAGGACCAGAAGACCGAGGCCCAGGUAAAGGAGGGUUCUCUCCCCGAGUCCUCUCAGACAGUCCACGUGAUGUGGGACGACCCCACGGGGCGGCUAGAACAGGAGCGACUGGCCCACAAACUACAGAGGGCGUGCAGUCCCACGCAGGACCUCAACAACCUACAGGAGAUGAUGGACGCCCAGUUCUCUGACGUGGAGGAGGAGGAACCAGUACCUCAACUUCCUGAGACUGAGCCAGACAGAAGACUGUCUUCACCCCAGGCACCCCCAGUUGCUUUCCAUAAACAAUCUGAGCAGACUGUCCCCUCCCCUCAGCCUGUGAAUUUAGAGGAGGAAAAGGAGGGGGAGGAGGCAAAAUCAUCCCCACCCAUCUUCAUUUUGUCAGGCUUGUCGAAAGAGGAAAGAGAUGACUAUGGAGUUUUAGUAGAGAGCCUUGGUGGCAAAAUGUUGGAUGGACAAAAUUUUGACCCAUCCUGUACUCAUUUAGUUACUGGUGUUCCAGCUAGAAAUGAGAAAUUCCUAGCGUGUGUUGCCUCUGGGAAGUGGGUUCUACACAAGUCUUACUUCGAGGCCUGUAGACAGGAGGGCAAGUUUGUACAGGAGGAUUUCUAUGAGUGGGGUGGGGAUGGAACUGCUAGCUUACUUAGUAAGAUGACUCCUGCGGUCAGAAAGCUCUGUGAAGCUGCCCAUCAUUGGAGGCUAACGAUCAACUCCCCCUCACAGUCCUGUGUUGGAGCCUUUAGCGAUUGGAAGGUUGUGCUAUGUACGGACCGAAAGAAGGAGGACAACUUCCGCAGACUGCUAGAAGCAGGGGGAGCCACUGUGCUUAACCUCAAACCUCCAUUUAAUAAACCCGUGUCAGCCAGUCAUGCAUUUUUAGAACUGAAUAAGGUGGAAAUGUCGGAGGAUGAUAUCGCGACAUUGGUGAGGUCAGGGGUCAUCUGUAUUAAGCCAGAUUUUAUUGCUGCUCAUCUGACCAACAGUCCACCACCAAAUCCUGAAGAUUUUUGUCCAUCAGAGGUCAAAACACUGUUAAAGAGUCUUUCUGGAAAAAGGAAACUUUCUUCAUCAGAUGACAGUCGUAAAAGACCAAGAAGAUGAUGAGGGAUAUUUAUUUUUCUAAAUCAUGAAAAGAUUAUAGACUGUUUCUGAUAUUGAAUGUAUUUUUAAAUCCUGAGAAAAGUGCUGGUGAUAGCCAUUAUGUUGUCUUAAAUGUUAGAUAGAAUUAUAUUUAACGAGACAAAUCUCUGAUGCAUUUUAAGAUGGGCAUGUAUGAGGAUCAAUGUCCAGUUAUUUGUAUCUAAUACACUGUAUAACAAACAGUUUAUUUUUUAAAAUAAGUCUCCCAGGAAAAGAAAUUGUGUUCAUAUAUCUACCAAGGAAAUUCUACCAUAAAGUUAUUAUGAUCAAUUGAAUAACAAAUUUUUAUUUGUUCUUAUGAUUUAAUAAAGUAUUCUUAUAGUGAAGAAGACCUUGAUUUGAUUGCUCUGUGUUCCAGUCAUGAAAUGGUCAGGGCACACAGUAAUACCCAUUUCCUUCCUUUAUUCAGUCCAUUCAGUCUUCUAUAAUUAGGUUACAGAAUUGUUUGGCUGUUCUUUUUGAUAACGAGUAGAUUUCUGUUAUGUCUCUUUAAGUUAUUAUCUUUACAGAUAAUGUCAGUUAUCAUAAUUCUACAAAACUUAUUUCAUUUCAUCUCUGAAAAUGUCAAUAACCCCUAUUUUUUUGCUGUCAACUGCCAGAAUAUGUAAUAAGUAACAAGGGAUCAGUGAAUGGUAAUCACUGGAAAAAAGACUGAAGAGAGACUUAACCCACAUCUGUAGAAUGGCGAAGUUAGUCAAUGGCUGAAAAAUAGAGAAGUACAAGGCGAGGACAACCCUUCACUUUGAGACAUGAUAUUUG